CGUCAUUGCCGUCUCUCUUGGCUUCCCAAAAUCCCGAAGUAGCUGCGAUUAGGUAAGUCAUUGUAGGUGAAUUGAAUGCUUUGUGGGGUUGCACCGUCCUACGUAUCUACCUUCUAACGACGUUCUCUAUCUCACUCUAGUCUUGUAUCUUGACGCUCUGGCACCCCUCCUCGACAUUCGAAUCACUAUUUAGUAACAGCUUGCCAGCCAUGGACGGAAACGUAUCAGACGAUGAAGUCCCCGCUCUAGUCCAGCCAGAGACCAACACCAAAGUCCUCGACGACCAAGAUGAGGAAAUACCCAAUCUUGUGGCGACCUCGGAGGAGGCGCCCCAGGGUAAAGUGCCCAUCACCAUAGUUACAGGUUAUCUUGGUGCGGGGAAGACGACCUUGCUCAACUAUAUUUUGACUGAGCAACAUGGAAAGAAGAUUGCCGUCAUUCUGAAUGAGUUCGGUGACUCAAUUGACAUUGAAAAGCAGCUCACUGUCUCCGACGCAAACUCUACAUCCGCCCAACCCGCCCCCUUUGUCCCACUCGCAAACGGCUGCAUAUGCUGUUCAGUGAAAGACAUCGGCGUAGCAGCCAUCGAGAAUCUAAUGGAGCAAUCCGGCCUAUUCGACUACAUCCUGCUUGAAACAACCGGUCUAGCCGACCCAGGAAACAUCGCACCCAUGUUCUGGCUCGACGACGGCCUAGGCAGCAGCAUCUUCCUCGACGGCAUCGUCACACUCGUCGACGCCAAAAACGUGCUAAAGAGCCUAGACGAAGGCCUCGGCGACGAAGAAAACAUCGAAGAGAGAAAGAAAGCAUCCCACGACGAACACGGCCCUCUACUCACAACAGCACACUUGCAAAUCAGCCAUGCAGACGUCAUCAUCAUCAACAAGACCGACCUAGUUUCCGCGCAAGAACUCAAACAGGUCACCGAGCGAAUCCGUUCUAUCAACGGCCUCGCCCGCAUCAAGACGACGACAAAAAGCCAAGUCCCGCAGCUUGAAGGUCUGGUCCUGGAUCUCCAUGCCUAUGACGAAGUCACAGACACAGAUCUGCAGUUCGCGAGUAAAGGGCAUAGUCAUCUCGACCCUACAAUAACCACUUCAACCAUCUCCUUCCCCGCGUUGACACGCGAUCAAGUCGACAAGUUCGAUCUAUUCCUUCGCACUAUUCUGUGGGAGGAGACGCUACCCGCUGAGACUUCACAUAAGUCCUUUGAGAUCCAUCGUUUGAAGGGACGGGUCCCAGUCAAGGACGGCAAGAUACUCCUCACACAGGGUGUAAGGGCCAUCUACGAUACGAAUGAGUUUGAUGCCAAGCCUGAAGAUGGGGUUCAGGAGUCGAAGUUGGUUUUGAUUGGGAGGGCUGUGGAUCAGGAGGCGUUUAGGCAGAGUUUGAUGGCUACGUUGGGUGGUGGGCAGUGAUUGAGCUUUCAUUUCCAGGAAGAAUGAAGGUGGCGUAGUUCGACGGCGUUGAGGAUGUGCUACGGUUGUUGUAGAUGAAAAGUGAGAAGAGCGACUCAAAUCACGAUCUCUAGCGAAAGCGGUUUCCUCUCAGUACGCCGUUGCAGCAGAAACAAUAGAGUGCGCCUUUGACACAGACUGCGGUCUGGCCCUGGUUCGGGCUGGCCAUUUAGAUGGUACUUUGGUAUACGGUAUGAUUGCGAUCGCUUUGAUGUUGCGGUCGCAGCAAAGUAUGCGCCACGCUUUAAGGAGAGGUUGAGAUAUCCUAUCUGGCAGAUAAGGCAUGGCGAUAAUGAGCCUGAUACCUAAGUAGCCUUCUCGUCAGCGCGAAACAUCGCAAUGCAGUAGCAGCCUAGUGGAGAACCACUACCCCGCGUCGCAACAUCUCUG